AUGCGCGCUCGGACGAACGACGACGCGAACGCAUCGCGCGUGCGCAUUGAUUGGGACGUCGAGGAGGAGUCGACGAGCGCGGAGACGCUGGCGCGAGCGAUUGAGCGCGGCGCGCGCGUCGCGCUGAGCGCGAGCGACGGAUUCCGACGCGCGGAGACGAUUUGGAAGGUGUACGACGUCGUCGGGGGCAUCGGAGACGGUCGAGGGGACGUCAUUUUGACGCACGUCGCGACUGGUGCGUCGCGCGGUGACUUGGAGUCGGUCGAGCGGUCGAGCGGGACGUCGGGCGCGGACGCCGCGGUCGUCGAGGCGGGACGUCGGGCGCGCGACAGGGCGCUCGCGUGGGCGUCGAUGCGGUCGGAGAGCGAGCGCGCCACGACCUCAUAUGAUUUUACGUCGAACGGGACGAGAAAACACGUGAGUGUGGGCGGGACGUUCGAUCGUUUACACGCGGGACACCGCGCGCUGCUCGCGACGGCGAUGCGACUCGUCGAGCCAAACGGAACCUUAUACGUCGGCGUCACGAGUGAGGCUCUGCUGAGGAACAAGAAAUACGGCGAGCUCUUGGAAGCAUAUGAAGAUCGCGCCGACGCCGUGCGCGCCUUCUUGCUCGAGUGUCGAGAUUUGUCGUCUCCCGUGGACGUGCGCAUCGGACCGCUCGACGAGGGACCGCCGCUUGCGGCGACCGUCCGCGAGAUGUCCGCCCUCGUCGUCAGUCGUGAGACCAUCGUCGGCGCGGAAGCUCUAAACGACAUGCGCGUCGAAGCCGGAUUCGAUCCCCUGGACAUCAUCGUCGUCGAUCUCAUCGGCGCGAGCGCGUCCGGCGACGGAACCAAACUCUCGAGCACGGCGCUUCGCGCCGCGGACGCCGCAAAGAACCGACCAACCUAG